CGUUCGUGGUGGUGGUGGAGGCCAGAGAUUAUGGGGGAGAAAGUGACUCAGCCAUUUGGAAGAGCAGCUGGGUUUCUUGUCGCCCGUCUCUUGGCGUAGCUCACACUGUGCUGCAGAUCCGAACCCGCGCACAGCAAAGGAAUUUGCAUCCACUGGCUUUGUCGCCUGAACGGCUGGCUGUUCCUUAACCAGGUUAUGCAAGUUGAUCCCAGACAGACUCAAUAAAAACACCAUCUCACAUCAAUGGCAUCCAGAGAAUCCCCUGGGGCUGGGCAAGGCCUCGGAGAUUAUCAAGACGAUGAAAAAUUCCACCAAACUCUGGUAGGGACAAGUUUUGAGGAUUCAAUCCUAGACCCCGAGGCUGAUAACAUUAAUGAUGAGGAUGAUGAGUUGAAAUAUCAGCAGACUGCUCAAAGGAAGCCAACUCCUGCAACUCAGGACCAGGAUGGGUCAUUUGAAGGCUCACCAUUUCCACAGGAUCCUACGGGGACCCAGAUGGAAUAUGCUGGUCAGAACCCUGGAGUGAGUCGAAAACUCUUCAGCGACCCACGCCAACAGAACCCCAGAGGCAACUGCCAGGCCUACGUCGAGCUGAACGAGCUGAUUAUGGGCAAGAACCAGGAGCAGUACUGGCAGGAGACGGGACGAUGGAUCCGCUACGAGGAGAGCUUCGACCAAACCACAGAAAACUGGGGGAAAGCCCACAUCCCCUACCUCACCUUCAAGAGCCUGCUGGAUCUACGCAAGACCAUGACCAAAGAUACCGUCCUGCUGGACAUCGAGGAGAGGAGCCUGGCUGGCAUUGCCAAGCAGGUGGUGGACAAGCUGGUGAGCGAGAACGAGAUCCAGGAUCGGGAUCGAGAGGCCCUGCUCCGGGCUUUGCUCCUGAGGCGCAGCCAGACAUUGGAAGCACAACACAAGGAGGAGGAACCCCUGACGAAAGAUCCACAAAUUGAGAUGGAGACCUUUUCUGUAACCAAGGAGAGAGGCUCUACUCAGAAUGUGGAAGCAACACUGGUCCUUGUAGGCGCUGUGGAGUUCUUGCAGAAGCCCACUGUGGCUUUUGUCCGGCUGAAGGAGGCUGUGGAGCUGGACGCUAUGCUGGAGGUCAACGUGCCUGUGCGCUUCCUGUUCGUCCUCAUCGGGCCCAGCCAGCCCAAUAUGGAGUACCAUGAGAUUGGCCGUGCUAUCUCCGCACUAAUGGCAGACCGGGUGUUCAACAGUGCGGCCUACCUCGCUGAAGAAAAGAAGGACCUGACUAAGGCCAUUGCCGAGUUCCUAGACUGCAGCAUCGUCAUCCCGCCCUGCGAGAUCCAGAACGAGGAGAUGCUGCGCUCCAUCGUGACCUUCCAGAAACAGCUCCUGAAGAGCCGCUUCCGCCCCCCGGAGAGCGAGCUGGAGAUGGAAGCCGGGGAGAAACUGCUGAAAGCUGCAGCACUCAAACUGGAGGAGGAGACCCCUGCAGAUGACCCUCUGAAGCGUACAAGACGGCCUUUUGGUGGUCUGAUCAAGGACAUCAAAAGGCGCUACCCUCGCUACCUCAGCGACAUCACUGAUGCCCUCAAUCCUCAGGUCCUGGCAGCUGUCAUCUUCAUCUACUUUGCUGCCUUGUCUCCUGCCAUCACAUUCGGAGGACUUCUGAGUGAAAAGACUAACAGGAUGAUGGGUGUGUCAGAGCUCCUGGUGUCCACUGCUGUCCAGGGGAUCAUUUUCUGUAUUCUUGGAGCUCAGCCUAUCCUUGUUCUUGGCUUUUCGGGACCACUUCUGGUUUUUGAAGAGGCAUUCUAUUCGUUCUGCAAGUCCCAGGGCAUGGCAUACAUUGUGGCCCGAGUGUGGGUGGGAUUUUGGCUGCUUUUGAUCGUCCUCAUCAUUGUGGCCUGUGAGGGAAGCUUUCUGGUUCGUUACAUCUCCCGCUUCACUCAGGAAAUAUUCUCCAUCCUCAUCUCCCUCAUUUUCAUCUACGAGACCUUUUCUAAGCUGGUGAAGAUUUUCCAAGCUCAUCCACUCCUCUGGAAGUAUGAUGACCCAGAUGCCAAUCUUACUGCAGUUGCUACUACAAUCAGCACUGGAAAUGUCACGGCUACACACAUCCCACCAAAGGUCUACCCCAAUACAGCCCUUCUCUCCCUGGUGCUCAUGGCAGGCACUUUCUUCCUCGCCUUCUUCCUCAGGAAGUUCAAGAACAGCCGUUUCCUGCCUGGCAAAAUCCGCAGGAUCAUUGGUGAUUUUGGUGUGCCCAUCUCUAUUUUCAUCAUGGUUGCUGUUGACUUCUCCAUCUCAGACACCUAUACUCAGAAACUCAGUGUGCCUAAAGGCCUGUCCGUGUCCAAUCCUCAAGCGAGGGAUUGGUUCAUUAAUCCAAUGGGAAAGAACAAUGACUUCCCCAUCUGGAUGAUGUUUGCUGCAGCUAUUCCUGCUCUGCUUGUCUUCAUUCUCAUCUUCCUUGAAUCUCAGAUCACAACGCUGAUCAUCAGCAAGCCAGAGAGGAAGAUGGUGAAGGGCUCGGGCUUCCAUCUGGAUCUGCUGCUGGUGGUGGCCAUGGGGGGCAUCAGCGCCCUCUUUGGUGUCCCUUGGCUGAGCGCGACCACGGUGCGAUCCGUCACCCACGCCAACGCUCUCACCGUCAUGAGCAAGGGGGGCAAGCCGGUGAUCGAGAAGGUGCUGGAGCAAAGAAUCAGUGGCUUGUUGGUGGCACUGCUUGUGGGACUGUCGAUCCUGAUGGAGCCCAUCCUAAAGCUGAUCCCCUUAGCUGUGCUCUUCGGAAUCUUCCUGUACAUGGGAGUUACAUCUCUCAAUGGAAUCCAGCUGUACGAUCGCAUGCUCCUCUUGCUGGUCCCACGCAAGUACCAUCCUGAUGAGGCCUACAUCCACUGGGUGAAAACGUGGCGCAUGAACCUCUUCACUUUCAUCCAGAUCGUGUGUCUGGGAGCUCUGUGGGGCGUGAAGUCCAGCCCGGCUUCCCUGGCUCUGCCCUUCGUCCUCAUCCUCACCAUCCCUCUGCGCAUGCUCAUGCAUGGGCGGCUCUUCACCGACGUUGAGAUGAAAUGCCUGGACGCCGAUGAUGCUAAGGUGAACUUUGAGGAGAAAGAAGGGGAGGAUGUGUAUGAUGAGACUGCAAUGCCAGUGUAAAGAGCCAGGACACAGUGUGUCGUCAAAGUGACCCAGGCUAAAGUAACGAGGAGCAAGUCUGUCGUGCCUUAAUCUGCUUCCGUAAAAAAAAAGGAUUUUUAAAAGGG